CCAUCAUGCACGCAGCGCGUCGUGGCCGUUGCUCAUGUGUCGCUUCGAGCUCUUGAGUCUGUUCAUCAGAUUCUUUCAACAGCUGGUGGCACGCACGCGCUAAGCCCCCUCGGAGGACAGCUCAUUCGCCUUGUCCGCCUCAUCAACCAUGCUCCACGAAAUCCUCCUCUCGCUCUCCGGACACCCUUCGGCCCUCUUCGAUGCAUCCCCGAGUUCCCCGCACGUGACGUCCACUGCCAGUCGCCUGCUUUCGCCGCCCGAAGCCGAGCUGUUGUCUUCUGUCGGUCACCUUUCCCGCCUGCACAGGAGAACGCGAGACCAUGUGGCCAGGAUUGCCACUUCACAUCCCUCAACCGUCUGUCGGGCUGUUGCUACCUCCAUCGCCUCACACCACCUCGACCAGUUCCAGCGCAAGAUACUCGACGUCGAGAGCCGAAUUCUCAAGCAAGAUGCCUCAACUGUCGGUGCGUACAACAUCGUGCCCCUGGCUGCUCUUGUCAGCGAGUUCUCGGAAUGGGUCAGGGUCAUGGGCUGGCUAUGGGAUAUUACCAGCUUUAUCCUAUCCCCUGAUGCCCCGACCCAGGGCGAGCAGAUGAAUCACAAAGCUGCCUCUGGAGCCGAGCUCAUCGACAGACUGCGGACCGAAGCCCAAACAGGCUAUCCUGAUAUCGAAGAGGCAGCGCGUGACUUGGGCAAGGUUGCCGAGACCUCGUGGCUGCGACAGUUAUCAAUUUGGCUACUGUACGGUCGGCUUCCCUCCUUUGGGGUUUCUGAUUUCUUUGUCCAGCUACAAGACCCGGAUCCGGAUGAGCAGCUCUUCGUCUUGGAGAACAAGUUACUUCCCAAAUUUGUGACACGGCACACCGCUUCUUCCAUCUUAUUUGUAGGAAAGUCGCUCAAUCAGAUACGCUCCCUACCCUCGGCUGCUAAAACACUGAACGCAUCGACAACGAUUUCAGAACUCGAACUAUUACCCAAGCAUGUGAAACAGCUCUCUCAAGUUACGGCCCCAAUCUCUGCUGCCAACCUCUCGGAAGCUGUCGCGAGCAUCCGGCUCUCACUAUCCCAGAACCUCCUACAACACCUACUACCGCGGGAAAAGAUUGUCGAGACUCUUGCUGUAUUGCACCAAUUCUUCCUGAUUGGGAGGGGCGAGUUUGCAACAACAUUGAUAGCAGAGGCAGAUGAUAAAACAUCAUCCCACCACCGAAGUCUCUCGUCAAAAAAGUCUAGUCAGCCUUUGAAGGGUGUCUUACUCAAGGAAAAUGAGAUUAACCAGAUACUAGCACGGUCAUUUUCUGUUCUGUCGACAGUAGCCGGCGAAGAUGAUCAUACAGACGAUGUCCUGGAUGUGGCGACACAGGUCCUGCAUCUUAUUGUGAACGACCCAACAGGCCAUCGUCCUGGGACCCCUGGUCGCGCAAAGGAUGCUGACUCUGCAUUACCACAGCUUCCAAGUGUAUCGUUUGAUGAAUUGCUGUUAUCAGUGCCAACACUACUCACCAUGAACAUCCAGUCACCUCUCGAUCUCUUUAUAACAAGAGCUGAUAUCGAGGUUUAUUCAUCAAUCAAUGCUUGUCUCCUCGCAGUUCGUCGGGCCCAUCUGCAUCUCGCCCAGUUGUGGCGACAUAGCUCCAUUCGACGAGAGCAUCCAUGCCCUCCAGGCUACCAGUACAGCAACUCGGUGCACGGGAAGAUGAUCCUUAGCCGGCGGCGGCAGAGAACUGCCCGACGGACGCGCGAGAUGCGGAAGGUGUGGGCUACAUGUGCGGCUACCAUCUUCUUCCUGGCUGAGAGUGAAGCCUACUUCCAUGGUGGCGUCGUACAGCAAUUAUUCUCCCACUUCAUUUCGUGGGUGACCAUGCCACAAGACCUAGUACCUAUUGGAACCCAGUCUGCACCUGCAACCCAACCGCCUACGCCCGGAUUUCGCAGAACUACAGUUGAAAGCCACAUACAGCGACAACACGACCCAGAAGCCCUUGCUCUUGCCCAUCGUCGCUUCCUCUCAUCUGUUGCCUACUCGCUUCUUCUUACCGAUGUGGCUUUCACAAAAACCCUGCGAACUCUUUGUAAUCACGUGGACGAACUCGUUGCAUAUAUCACGCGCCUUACAAGCAUUCAGCAGAAUCUGGAUCUAGAAGAAGAUGACGGAGUGGAAGAUUAUGCGCAGAACUAUACAAAGGAGGAGGCGGAAGUAAGUCUAGAGCUGGACCGUGCCAGGAGGCGGCUGGAUAGCGACCUCAAGGCGCUGGUCGAGCGCUUACGGGAAAUCGAUAGCGAGAGGAUUAAUAACGCUGCGCCCAUUGUAGCGAAUGGGGUUGCAAUGGAGCAAGGUACCUAUGAGCCGCUUAGAGUAGGAGGUGUCGAUCGAUUACUUAUGAAGCUGGACUGGGGUGGCGAAGAUGAAGAAGAGGAACGCGAAGACUUGGUGUAAACUCUAAUAAAGAUAAUGUGCGUGCCCUUGGGACUAUAGGAUAGAAACGAGUCUGUGCUGCGAUGUGCUAGCUGUUAUUGCUACUAUGUAUCGCAAUGCUUAGGUCUAUUAGAAAUUUGACUUUACUGCUACAGCCCA